CCUAGAGAACUCACCAUGACACUGCUUUGGCCUUUCCUUAAUUUGAUGCUCUUAGUGCUGGGCUGCUGCUCAGCUGCCCCCCGAAAGCACCCCUCCGCCGGGCCUGUCCUGAUUCACUUCCCAGGAGAGAAAAUGAACCGUCUUACAAAUGAGCAAUUCGCUGAGGAAUACCUGUAUCGUUACGGCUACAUCCCGGCAGGGAUGUUGGAUGGCACCGAGUCUACUUUGAAGCAUGCGCUAAGUAAACUCCAGCGUCAGCUGGCCCUACCGGAGACAGGAGAGCUGGACAGCGCCACUCUAGCAGCAAUACGCGCUCCACGCUGCGGUGUACCCGACGUGGGCGGAUUCCAAACCUUCGAGAACGAGCUCAAGUGGGACCAUCAGAACAUCACCUAUCGGGUCCAGAAUUACUCCCCAGACCUGUCUCCUGAGGUGACGGAUGACGCUUUCGAACGAGCCUUUGCUCUGUGGAGUAGCGUGACCCCACUCACCUUCACUCGUCUCAGUAGUGGGGACGCAGACAUCCUUAUUAAGUUUGGGACCGAAGAACAUGGUGAUGGAUAUCCUUUCGACGGGAAAGAUGGGCUCUUGGCUCACGCUUUUCCCCCCGGCCCAGGAAUCCAAGGAGAUGCCCAUUUUGACGAUGACGAGUUCUGGACCCUAGGCAAAGGCGUCGUGGUCCACACGCGGUUCGGGAACGCAGAAGGUUCCCCCUGCCACUUUCCCUUUAUUUUCGAGGGCCGUUCCUUCUCUUCCUGCACCACCGAAGGCCGCUCUGAUGGGCUACUCUGGUGCAGCACUACUGCUGACUACGACACUGACCGGCUCUGGGGCUUCUGCCCCAGUGAAUUGCUCUACACCCUGGAUGGUAACGCCAAUGGAGAGCCCUGCGUGUUCCCCUUCACCUUUGAGGGUCGUUCCUACACUGCCUGUACCACCGAGGGACGCUCUGACGGCUAUCGCUGGUGCGCCACCACCUCCAAUUACGAUCAGGACAAGCGUUAUGGCUUCUGUCCCAACCGAGAUACUGCGGUAACUGGAGGCAACUCCCAAGGGGAACCCUGCGUUUUUCCCUUCACUUUCCUGAAUCGAGAAUACUCUGCCUGCACUAGUGAGGGCCGCACUGACGGUCGCCUCUGGUGUGCGACCACCGAUGACUUCGACCGCGACCGCAAGUGGGGGUUCUGCCAGGAUAGAGGGUACAGUUUAUUCCUUGUGGCGGCACACGAGUUUGGGCACGCACUGGGCUUGGAGCACUCAUCUGUGCGGGAAGCGUUGAUGUUCCCAAUGUACACUUUUACUGAGGAACCCCCAUUACAUCCAGAUGACAUAAAGGGAAUUCAAUAUCUAUACGGUUCUAGGACUGAGCCGGAACCCAAACCUCCGACCUCCAGUCCUUUAGAGCCAGAUUCUACCACCCAGGCCAAUGCCUGCCCCACCCUGCCCCCCACUUCCAGACCCACUGGUCCUCCUACUGCUCGACCCUCAGCACCCCCUACUGCUGGUCCCACCGGUCCUCCCACAGCCAACCCUACUGUGCCUCCCACUGGGCCUUUUGAUCCAGCUGAUGACAUUUGUGGCGUCCAGAUAUUCGAUGCCAUCGCUGAGAUCCGGGGCCAACUUCACUUCUUUAAAGACGGGCGGUAUUGGCGAAUCCAGCAGGGCUCCAAGAGACGGGCUCAAGGCCCUUUCUUCAUCACCAGCACCUGGUCUGCAUUGCCCUCGAAACUGGACACGGCUUUCGAAGAUCCACUGACUAAGAAACUCUUCUUCUUCGCAGGCCAGCAGGUGUGGAUAUACACAGGUCAGUCAGUUCUGGGUCCCCGACGACUGGAGAAACUGGGUUUGAAUUCCAGAGUGCGAAGCAUAACUGGUGCCAUUCAACGUAAUGGGGGCAAGGUGCUAUUAUUCAACCAGAAUCAAUUUUGGAGGUUGGAUGUGAAGAAGCAAAAGGUAGACCAAAGUGAACCUCACCCUGUGGAGGAUAUGUUUCCUGGAGUACCAGAGAACUCUCAUGAUGUUUUCCUAUAUCAAGAAAAUGCGUACUUCUGCCACGACCGCUACUUUUGGCGAGUGAACCUUCGAGACCAGGUGAACAAGGUGGAUCAGGUUGGCUACGUGACCUACGACCUCCUGAACUGCCCAGAGGAGUAAUCGUUCAGCUCUCCAUGGAUGCUCUCAGAGCAAGUGGGUAUAAGAGCUGAGGAAGGAGAAGACGAAAUUUUGCUGUGCAAAUGGGGAUAGAUCUGAAAGGAGCGGAAGGUGCGGGCCGGCCCGCAGCUGGAGGCAGGGCAGGGCAGGUCCGGUUCCUUCCUCCCAGUUGGGAAUGUUUCUAAUAAACUCGGAUUUUCAAA